GCCUCCCGCUCCGCGCCGGCAGCGAGGCGGCCAUGGGGGCGCGGCUGGGCCGGCGGACCGGACCCGAGGCGGCCUCGGAAGCCGGGGCGGCGGCGGGGUGCGGGCCCGCGCCCUAUGAGCGCCGGGUGCGCUGGCUCCGCGAGAUCCAGUCCACGCUCCGCGAGCGGCGGCCCGAGCGCGCGCGGCAGUUGCUGCGCCUCCUGCGCCAGGACCUGGGCCUCGAGGGGACCCUCCUCACCGACAUCCUCUAUAGGAAUGUGGCCUUCCUCAAUCUGGUGGACCCUAUCUCCCAUGACCUGCUCGUGAACCUGGCCCGUGACCUGCAGUGCCCCAAGACGGACUAUGAGCUCUGGAAGUCCUCGGACAAGAUCUGCCGACAGCUCAUCUACCACCUCACCCCUCACUCCAAGCGGCAGCGAGGAUCCAGCCUGCUCCAGAGGAAGACCCAGAGCUGCCUCAAGAGCAGCCUCCAGGUGACUCAGCUGGCUGGGGAGACCGUGAACCUGUCGGGGAUUCCACUGUCGGCGCGGGAUGUGCAGCACAUUGUGCGCUACCUGGGAAACCAGGGAGCCGGGCUCACGGUGCUGGACCUGAGCUUCACGGGGCUCAGCGAUGAGCUUCUGCGCCUGCUGCUACCCAGCCUCUGGACGCUGCCCCGCCUCACCCAGCUCCUGCUCAACGGCAACAGGCUGACGAGGGCCACUGCCCGUGAGCUCACUGAGGCCGUCAAGGACUCCACCAAGUUCCCCGCGCUGGCCUGGGUAGACCUGGGCAACAAUGUGGACGUGGCCUCCUUGCCCCAGCCCCUGCUGGUCGGCCUACGCCGGCGGCUGAGCCAGCGCACCUCACUCCCCACCAUCUAUGAGGGCCUGGACCUCGAGCCUGAGGGUAGUGAGGCCAGGGCCACCUCUGCUGCCUCCACCUGGGGCUCUGCAGCUGCCAAGCCAGGGUCGGAGCCCCAGGCCUGCUGCACGAGGUGACCUGCCACCACCCUGGCUGCUGCUACCUGACUGCCAGUGGCACAUGGGAUGGGGGAUGAUGGAGGCCUUCUAGGUCCCCAGAAAUCCAGUGUAAAUACUCAGCCUGGGAUUAAGGGGAUGGAAGGAGAAUGGGUUCACUAGAGGCUAGAUGGUCAGCCCAGGAUGGAGUCUCAGACUUCCCUCAGCAGGAGGGCCCAGAACCUGCUGUGCCGAUCCCACAGUAAACAGAGAUGCCCCCCUCUG